CCACCCUCUGGGUCUUCCUGUGUGCGCCCACUUUGCCGCCAUGGGAAACAGUGCCUCCUCCGGCCGCGGGCACCAUGAAGAGAUGGUCGACUUCGGCUAUCUCACCCCACAAGGGAUCUACACCGGUCCUCGGGAUUGGAAUCAGGCUGUUGUGAACCAGCUCAUCGUCGACCGCAAGCUCGCUCCAUUCUACCGGCCACUAGAAGACUACGAGGAAGACUGGGAUGACGAGCAGAUUCUCGCCGCUCGAAAGGAGCCGCCGGAGGUCGAAGGCGGGGAGACCUCUCGUGCCGAGUCGAUCAGUUCAGCGGUCUCUCGCGGACACCAGAAACGGCCCAGUGCCGUCAAGGAACCCACACGACAUCCUGAGGCUGCGAUAUAUAGAGGUGCAGCAGAAUGCCCCAUUUGCUUCCUGUACUAUCCUCCAAACAUCAACCACUCGCGGUGUUGUCACCAAGCUAUAUGCACAGAGUGCUUCGUGCAGAUCAAGAGAGCAGACCCCACCACUACGCAUCUCGUCUCGGAACCAGCGUCUUGCCCAUAUUGUGUCCAAGAGAACUUUGGCGUAGUAUACACCCCACCACCAUGGCGUGCGGGGCUUGGGAGCGAGGGCGCGACGCCACCCUCGUGGCCUGACUCACCCCGAGGGACUUCUCAGCAGUCUUUAGACGCUGCCGCCAAUCCCUCGAUGAAGCGCCGGAGAAAGAGCUUUGGUGCCAAUGAUCCCGAGGUGGUCACGGUCGACCAAAUACACCCGGACUGGGAGGCCAAAUUGGCCGCGGUGCGUGCUGCUGUUGCUCGGCGCGCCAACCGGCGCAUUAUCAUGCGCCAGGUCGGCGACCGUCUCAUCCCCGUAGGCGUUACCAGUGGUCGCGUGCAUGCACUCCCUCCGGAGGAGGGUGCCGCUGCCGAAGUGCAGGAAGGCAGCAGCGACCGUGGAAGCCGGCGGUCGCGGAGGCGGCAGCAGAACCAAGAACUUAACCAGUUCUUGGGGACCAUGGGCCUGGGCGGACAGGAUUUGGAAGAACUUAUGGUAAUGGAAGCCAUGCGACUUUCUUUGAUUGAGCAUGAAGCCCAACAGCGACGUCAAGAGGAAGAAGACGCGAAGAAGCAGAAAGAAGCCGCUGCACCGGCGACAGCGGGUAGCACCGUACUCGCGACUGCAGGGGCCGCUGCUGGAUCGACGGCCUCUGCUGCCUCUUCCCAACCGACUCCGAACAUUUCCACACCUACUGCCCUUCGGCCGUCAAAUGUCAACGCAAUCUCACGCUCUGCAACCCCCACUCCAAGUAUCCCGCCCGCCUCUCCUUCGCCCGCUCCUUCCGGCCCCUCCUCACCUCCCGCCCUUGGCAACGAUGACCAACAGUCGGGAUCGAGCCCUUCACCUCAUCAAGACGUAACCGACCAUGCAGUGACCGAGUCGCUCGCCCCUGUCGCUGAACCCGGACUUGCGUCAGCAUCAACUGCGCUGGCCCAGUCCCGCCCGCGGACACCCGUCUCUCCGGCCAGUCUUCCCGUCAUAUCUGAGCCCUCAUCGAUCGGACAGGAUUCGGGUAGCACGCCCUCUCUGCCUCCCAUCGCCCGGGUUUCGUCGUUGUCGUCUUCACUCGCGCCAUCGUCGUACGACGUUCUUCCGUCGACCCCCGACUCUACCCUGUCAAUGUCCAACAUUCCUCUGUUAGACAGUACGCCGGUGACGCCUGCCGCCGAGGGAGACUCUAGUUCCGCCCCUGCUAGUUGAGCGGCUACUGACCCCAGGGGAGGUUGUGUACACUACCCAUUCACUGUACGUAUGAUUCAGAGUGAUGUAUUCUGUCUAGAUUUCUAAUCAUCCGCACGUCUCUUUCUCCAACACGAACAUUCCAGCUGCUCGAUUGCUCUUGCACCUGUUAUCUUUCACGAACUUCUCACCGUUAUGGCAGUCCCACGUUUGCGCGCUCCGGCGAUCCUUCGACCAGGUCGGCUGAUCACACCCCGACCCAGUGCGCUGUAUUCCUCGUAUUCUCCCCUCUCCUCUCACGUCUUUGUCGACGAUGUAUAGAUCCACGUGAUGUCGCGCUGUUGUGUAUAAACUGC